CAGAUCUCCUUCACUUUCACCACAACUCCGUGAUCUUUUUCUCCCUUCUUAUCCCUUAAAAGAUCCGGAGUCUACAACCGGAAAUACACAGAAACUGUCACAAUGCCGAAGAGAAGCAAAUUGCUCCAAGCUCUGGACGAGCACCGCGGCCGGGACUACGAUGCCGAGAAGCAGAAGAAGCUCGUGAGGGCGGCGAACAAGAAGAAGGCGGCCAAGGGGGAGGUGACUGAGGAGAAGAAGGAGGAGGACAACGCAAAGAAGUCGAAGGUUGAGGAGGGAGACGAGAAGGAGGAGGAGGAAGAAUCUGCCGAAGACCAAGAAUCCGAGAACGAAUCCGCCGCCGAAGAGGAAGAAGAGGAGGAAGACGAAGAAGCCGAAGAAUCCGACAUCCCGCUGAGCGACCUCGAGGACGACGAGCGUGAAGACGUGGUGCCGCACCAGCGGCUGACCAUUAACAACUCGGCGGCCAUCACGGCCUCGCUGAAGCGCAUCUCCUUCAUCUCGGCGCAGACCCCCUUCUCGGAGCACAACUCGCUGGUGUCGAAGGAGGAGAUGGAGGUGCCGGACGCCAACGACGACCUCACCCGCGAGCUCGCCUUCUACAAGGUCUGCCAGGCGGCGGCGACGCAGGCGCGCGCCCUGCUUAAGAAGGAGGGCAUCCCCUUCACCCGCCCCGGCGACUACUUCGCUGAGAUGGUCAAGACGGACGAGCACAUGGACAAGAUCAAGAAGAAGCUGUACGACGAGGCCGCCGCCAAGAAGGCCGCCGCCGAGGCCCGCAAGCAGCGCGACCUGAAGAAGUUCGGCAAGCAGGUCCAGGUCGCCAAGCUGCAGCAGCGCGCCAAGGAGAAGCGCGAGACCUUGGAGAAGAUCAAUGAUCUGAAGAAGAAGCGCAAGGCUGAUACCUCCGGUGAGGCCGACAACGCCAACGAGAUGUUCGACAUCGCCAUCGACGAUGCCCAGCCCAACAACCGGAAACGUGCCUUUGGCAGCGACGGCGCCACCAACGCCAAGCGUCAGAAGAAGAACGAGAAGUACGGCUUCGGCGGGAAGAAGCGCCACUCCAAGAGCGGUGAUGCCGUCUCGAGUGGUGAUAUGCGCGACUUCUCCGUCCGGAAGAUGAAGGGCGGUUCGAGGGGAGGUGGUGGUGGUGGUGGCGGCGGCGGCGCCAAGAGACCCGGUAAGAGCAGGAGAGCUGCUGCCAAGGGUCGUGCUUGAUAUUCUUUUUCUUCAUCGUUUCUGUUUCCUACAUUUUCAUCAUUUUCUAGCUUGCUCGGAUACCGGAUGAGGGUCGUUUGGGUUUCUAUUUUACAAAAAGCAAUUGUCUCGAUUUUUACUCUCCCCCCCAUCACACCCCAUUAGACACCGUGACUGUGCUUGGUCAGGGUUAUGAAACUUGUGUAUAUUGAACUAAUCCAUGGUCAUGGUUGGACGGC